AUGACGGACGCUAUCCCCAUUCCCCUUGCCAAGGGAGGAAUCACCUGGCUCGGCGGCAACAACAUGCUUCAGUUCCUCAGCAACUCCAGUAACCCGUGGCCGUUUUUCAAGAAGCUCGCCGAAGACCCGGACCACUCGGAGAUCUUUAAGGCCAAGGUCGGCCCAAAGACUGUCGUCUUCAUCACGGGUCACAAACUUGUGGAAGAAGUAUGCAACGAGAAGCGCUUCCGCAAGCAGGUGACCGAUCCAAUCAAAGAGAUCCAAAAGUCGGUCCAUAUCGCGCUGUUCACGGCGUUUCACAACUCUCCAGAGUGGCCGGUCCACCACAACAUUAUUGAGCCGAAGCUCAGAAAGGAAUCUGUCAAGGAUCUCUUUGGUGACUUCCUCAACACGACGAAUGAGCUUUUCGAUAUCUGGAGAGACCUUGGUCCCGGGGCGGAGCUUGAGAUUCUGAUCCAGCUGGAUCGACUUAAUCUCGAGGCGACAACUCUGUCGCUCUUUGGAAAAAAGCUCAACGGCCUGAAGAAGAGUCACCCCAUGUUGAAGGGAAUGGACGAUUCUACCGGGGAAGCCGUCCAACGACCAACCAGAAAGUACAUGCCGUGGAAGAUGCCCUUUUACAUUGGGAAGCUCACGAAGUCCACCGAAGUCAUGAGGACUUACGCACAAGACCUGAUUGAUCACAGGCGAAACAACCCUACCGAUCGGAGGGAUCUUCUCUCAGCCAUGCUGAACGACACUGGAAAGGAUGAGGAUGACAAGGAUGCUAUACCCCGAAAGCUCCACAAUGAUUCGAAGAUGGAUUCUGAAGUUGUCGAUGAGAUCGUGUCGAUGCCCAUUGGGAGCAGCACCGCCCCCUGUGCCAUUAGCUGUGGCAUCUACCACCUCGCACAGCACCCAGAGAUCAUGGCCGCAGCUCGGAAAGAACUCGACGCUGUGGUCGGAGACUAUGAGCUCACUUACGAAAACGUUGCCCAGUUGAAAUACAUCGAAGGCAUCGUCCGUGAGUCACUGCGCCUUUCCUUCGCGGCACCGGGCUUCAACAUUGAGCCUAAGCAUGUGAAGAAUAAAGAUACUGGCCCGAUAAUUCUUGCAGGAAAUCAUGGUAAUUACCAGAUACCCUACAACCAGCCAAUGAUUGUCGUUCUGGCUGGUGCCAAUCGAGACGAGGCUGUCUUUGGCAAGGACGGCGACAAAUUCAUGCCCGAACGAAUGGUCGGAGAGAAGUACGAUGCACUUCCGGCGGGAGUCAAGAAAUACUACGGCAAUGGUCUGAGAGAGUGUAUCGGAAAGCACUACGCGUGGCUGUGGCAAAUGGUCGUGAUGGCGAAGUUGAUCAAGGAGUUUGACUUUGCUUUGGCUGACCCGAACUACAAGCUGCAUCACUACGGGUGGUUCAACGAGCGGCCUGUGGACUUCUGGGUGAAGAUUACCCCAAGACAGAGCGCCAAGAAGUACUCCUUACACACCACCCUGCGCCAGAGCAAUCUCGUUCUCAGCAUCGUUGGCAGCAAAGAAGGCAGCCGUCGCGAAAGGAGCGCCGAGCAUGCAACCGCCGGUGUCGAUAUUGAGCGCGCAGAACCCAGGCGCCGCAUCGGCGUUGUUGCGGACAUAGUUGCGCAGGGGAGUCUUGAUCGUGACCUUCUUGCCCCCGACGCCCUCGAACUCAAGGUCGAUGGUCAGAUCCUUGGGGAUGGAGUCACAGCUGCCGUUCCAGGCAGUGUGGCCGAUAGGGUCCCGGGCGAGACCGGCCGCGGCGAAGAAGGCAUCAAUCGCGGAGGAGCUAAUGGGCAGGUCGUUGAUUUGUGUACCGGAGUCGAUCAUGCAGGACCUGGUGCUCAGCUCGCUGUUAUCGAGGGUGACGUUCUUCACCUUGACGGUGGGGGGAGCGACGAAGUAGCCGACGGAGGCGCCGAGACCGUCAUUCUUCACGGGGGGCACCUUGACGAGUUCGCCCUUGUACUUGGAGUGGUCGAUGGCGCCGAAGACGGCGUUGCCGGUGAAGGUGCCGUCCCAGUUCUCGGGGGCCUCGUCGAACCAGAUGCUCUGGACGGGCGCGCUGAUCUCGCCCCUCUCGAGGAGGUCCUGGCGGACGUGCGGCCCGGUGGUGUUCCACUCGGCAGUGCGGUAGAACGGCGCCACGCCGAAGAUGCCGAGAUCGUAGACCCCCGCCGAGCCGCAGGUUCCGUCCAGGUUGGCCGGGAGGCGCUGCUGCAUACCCGCGUCGCCGGCGAAGUGGAACGUGUCGUUGACGCUCACCUUGCCCUGCACGAUCUUGGUGUAGCCGCCGUACGCGAACUGCGAGGGGAACGGCUCGGGCUUCUGCGCCGUGGGGCUGUUGGGGUAGUCGUAGAAGGGGUCGACGGUGACGUUGCAUUUGCCCUGGCAGAAGAAGGCGGUGCAUCCCCAGUUGUUGAUGGCGUCGGGGCCGAAGACCCAGAAGUUCUCGGAGCCCUGGUCGAAGACGACCUCGACGGACUUGUUGGAGUUGGGGUUGACGAGGUUGGUCGCGAUCUUGUGGCCGCCGCCGUAGUAGUAGUGCAGCGGGAUGUUGACGGUCGGGAUCGCGGCGAGCGCGGUGUUGGCCAGGGCCGCCAUGGCGAGGGACUGGGUGCGCAUCCUGUCGGUUGA